UUCAAACCGUCUUUCCUGUUUGUUUGGAGAAGCAUGUGUAACGUUUGCGUGUAAUGGAUUCUCUGUAGCAGCAGUGAGUAGAAGCGACACGGAUUUUUAACGUUUUUGAAUAUGAGUAGUAAGUAAUAAGCUACUUAAUAUGAACGAAACUUCCACUUCGACGCGUACAACAAUUUUGGACUUCAGUCCAGGACAAAUGGAUGAUUUUAAGGAAAAUAAUGUCCCCGUUUUGAGCCUAAUACAGUUUUCUAAGGCUCCAUUUGUCACAUUUGGAACAUUUAAGUUAGGAACCUCUAAGUCUGCUGUCCUGCGGAUCGAGAAUCCCGACGAAGAUGUAGAAGCAGAGGUGACUGUUGAAAAGAUACCUUCAAGCAAAGGAUUUUCCGUGGACCACAGAUCGUUUACCAUUCAGCCUGAAGGUUUUUUCAACCUGACUGUCACCUGGACGCCAACAGACGAAGGGGGAAUAAGGGAGUUGAUCACAUUCAGUGCAAAUGGAGUCCUCAAGCACCAGGCCGUCAUGCUGGGGAGAGCAGAGGCACCGAAAAAGAAGAAGAAAAGCUUGUGGGACACCAUCAAAUCCAAAAAAGGUGGUGAAAGAGUCGGUGUCUCCCGAGGAAAGAAACCUGGUCAUCCUGCGAAGAUAACGGUCAAUAAAACAUUUCAGGUUUCUCGUGAGCCACAUUACAAACGGGACAAGCCACGAAGCCCGCAGGCAUCACUCAGCAAAGGCGAGGCUGCCAGAGAGAGGGUGCUUGUGAAAAGUUCCAUUGGUAAUAACUCAGAAAAAUCCGAAAAGCAGAAGCCUUUAAACCCCAAGGUGUGGCAGCAAUGUCUGCCCUUGACAGAUCAAGAGAAUGUGCUUCAUUUUCAGAGGAACUCUCCCGUUGUCUUACUUGUUCCAGCCACAAAGGUGUUGGACUCUGGAUUCAUCUCUGCGAGCCCUGAUGUCCUGAAACCAGAAAACAAGAAUAUUCUUAAAGUACUUAACAAGACCAUAUCACCUAUUGGAACACCAGAGAGGUUUAAGAAGCUUAUUCCUUAUAUUGAGUCAGAAAGUACAGGUCCACCCAUGGCUCAGUCUGCAGCUGACGCCAACUGUGCUAAUAGUGAUUUAGCUCAAAACUCUGCUUUUUCUUUAUCAAAUGCGCUGGCUUUAAUUGACUCAGAACUAAGUCAAAUAGAAACCAGUCCUGGGGAGAGUAGUUUUCUCUCAGAGUUUUCCGAUUCAUUAGAAUCUAAGAGUGACAGCUGUGUCCUCAAAGAAUUCCCCAACAUCCCUGAGUCCAAUGAGCCAAGACUGACUUUCUUUAUCAACAAAAAAGUUGAAUCGAACAAAGCUGUGUAUUCAGUGAAGGAGAAUGUUGUUUCAAAAUCGCCCAAAACGAUGGUGAAAAAAGCUCGUUUUACCUCUACCACUGUGACUAAAAGCAAAGGCCCAGUGGAGGAAAACAGUUUAAGUGAAAGGAAGAUAAAAAAGUCUAGGCGGAGGCUCUUGGAGAAAACUCUGGAGCUUGACAGCAGCAGCCAACACGAGUCUGGACCAGAUACUCCCAAACUUCCAGUGAUCCUUUCAGACUCAGGAAACACUGAAUGUCUAAACACUGUGUGUGACGACAUACAUCAGUUGUCCACCUCCAACCCUGCUCCAUGUAUCAACGGCUCACCUACACCCAUCACCUUCCCUCUCACCUCGCCUCCACUUGCAGCUUCCCAUCGCUUCUCUUUCUCCGUCAACUCUCCACCGUGUGCAUCUCCCCAGAAGUCAUCCUCUCGUCUUCAUUUUGACCUCCCUUCUACCCACUGCGAGUUUGGGUCCAGUUGUCCAACUGUCCCUGCUCCACUGGCUGCUCUGGAACACGUGUUUCCUGUCCAAAUUGUGGCCAAGACCAAGAAGAGGAAGAGCGAAGAGUAUUUGAAGAGUGACCCAAAAAUGGACACAGUGAGAGCUGACAGGGUCAAAAGGAGCAAAGUGGUGACUGUAAAAACACAGUCCUCAAAAUCACUGCAGGAGAAAAGAGCAGCAGCAGCAGCACAGAGGCAACAGCCCAGAGCAGCAGGAUCAAAUCGCUCCACAGCUUCAUCUCUAAAGAGUUAUAGGGCUUCCGUUCCCAUGCAGACAAAAAAUCAAAGCACCAAACCCGUCUCACGAGUUACGACGUCUGUAAAAUCGUCUUCUUCCAUAAAGAUGUCCAGAGUUGUUGCUGUAGCUCAGUCCAAACUCACCUUCGUCAAACCUACGCAAACAGCCAUACCAAGGCAUCCAAUGCCAUUUGCUGCCAAGAACAUGUUCUUUGAUGAGAGGUGGAUUGAGAAGCAGGAGCGAGGUUUCACCUGGUGGAUUAACUACGUCCUGACGCCUGAUGACUUCAGGGUCAACAUUGAAGUUGCUAAAGUCAAUGCUGUGUCUCUGGCCAUGGGCACUGAUGACAACUUCAGUGUGCCAAAGGCUCCCACCAAAGAGGAAGUGUCCUUCAGCACCUACACGGCCAGACGCAAGCUGACCCGCCUUCGCCGCUCCGCCUGUCAGCUCUUCACAUCUGAGACCAUGGUAAAGGCCAUUCAGAGGCUAGAGCUGGAGGUGGAGUCCAGGAGGCUGCUUGUGCGGAAAGACCGCCAUCUUUGGAAGGAUAUAGGUGAGCGCAAGAAACUUCUCAAAUGGCUUCUUUCGUACAAUCCACUGUGGUUGCGCAUUGGACUUGAGACGAUCUUUGGGGAGUUGAUCUCGCUCGAGAGCAACAGCGAUGUCUUAGGCCUGGCAAUGUUCAUCCUGCAGCGGCUGCUGUGGAACGCAGACAUCGCUGCUGAGUUCAGACACGCAAAAGUACCACACCUUUACAAAGAAGGCCACGAGGAGGCGUUGUCGCGCUUCACAUUGAAGAAGCUGCUCCUGCUGGUGUGUUUUCUGGACAAGGCCAAAGAGUCUCGGCUGAUUGAGCACGACCCCUGUCUGUUCUGUGUGGAUGCAGAGUUCAAGACAAGCAAAGACCUGCUCCUGGCCUUCUCCAGGGAUUUCCUGAGUGGAGAAGGAAUUCUACCACGGCACCUCGGCUAUUUGGGAUUACCCGUCUCCCAUGCCCAGAAGCCCCUGGAUGAGUUUGACUUUGCUGUGAAGAAUCUUGCUGUUGACUUGAGAUGUGGCAUACGGCUUGUGCGGGUGAUGGAGCUCCUCACCCAAGACUGGAGUCUGUCACCAAAGCUCCGGCUGCCUGCCAUCAGCCGACUGCAGAAGGUUCACAACACUGACGUUGCUCUGCAGGUCCUCAAAAGCAAAGGAGUCGACCUGAAGGAUGAACAGGGCACCACCAUCGACUCCAGAGACAUCGUGGACGGACACAGAGAGAAGACACUGAGCCUCUUGUGGAAAAUCAUCUUUGCAUUUCACGUGGAGGUGAUUUUGGAUGAGAAUCAGCUCAGGGAGGAGAUCACCUUCCUCAGGAGGACCCUCAGAACCAAACAGAGGCUGGAAUCUCUGAGGGCAGAUCAUAUGCCCCGGUCCAGUCCGACAAAUAUCAGAGAACCGUAUGAGCACAGCAGCACUAAGAUAUCACUGCUGAUGGACUGGGCAAGAGCUGUGUGUGACUUCUACAGUCUGAAGGUGGAGAACUUUACUGUGACGUUCUCCGACGGCCGCAUCCUCUGCCACCUCAUCCACCACUACCACCCUGGUCUCCUGCCCGAGGAGGCUGUCAGUCACAGCACCACGCAGACCAUGGAGUGCUCCUUGAGGGGACGCCUGGAGCUCAGCUGCUCAGCCAGCGACUCUGACAGCUCCUUUGACUCUGUGCCCCCAGGCCUGAAUGGAACAGGUUCUCCAUUGGUUUUAUUUAAAGAGCUUCUAGAAAACGAAAGGAACAACUUUCGAUUGGUGAACACGGCAGUGGCCUACCUGGGCGGAGUCCCUGCGAUGAUCAACCCCGCUGACAUGUCCAACACUAUUCCUAAUGAGAAGGUUGUGAUGUCCUACCUGACUUUCCUUUGUGCUCGUCUGCUGGAUCUGCGCAACGAAACCAGAGCAGCGCGAGUCAUUCAAGGUGCCUGGAGAAAAUACAGGCUGAAGAAGGAUUUGCAGGUCUUCAAGGAAAGAAACAUGGCAGCUGUAAAAAUCCAGUUACUUGUAAGGAGGUUUCUGCAGAGGCGCAGAGCUGUGAGGCAGAACCAGGCCGCUCUUGUCAUCCAGUCAUUGUGGAGGGGCCACGUGACCCGGGUGAGGCUGAGGCGUCAAAAAGAGGCCAGGAUCCGUACUCUGCAACACAGAGCAGCAACAAUUAUACAGGCUCGCUGGAGAAUGUUUUCCACCCUGAGGUCUUACCAGCACCUCAGGUACCAUGCCAUUAUUGUUCAGGCACAAUGGCGAAUGAAGAUGGCAGCCUGUGCCUAUGGAAAACUCUACUGGGCAGCAGCAGUCCUUCAGACACGCUGGCGUGCACUGGUUGUGGCAAGAAGAGAAAGAGAACGCUAUCUGUCCCUCAGAGCAACGGUGAGAAAAUUACAGAGCGGUUACAGAAGAUGGAAGGCCUUCAAGAGUGAGAAGGAAAACAAUGCUGCCAGAAUGAUACAAGGUGUCUUCAGGAAAUGGUAUGGCCAAAGAAUGGCCCACAGAAGUGCUGCUGCUGCAACGAUUCAGUCUUGGUACAGAAUGCAGAAGUGUCUCUGUCAAUACAGGAAGAUCAAAAAAAGUGCCCUCCUCAUCCAGGCUCUGUACAGAGGUCAUGCACAGAGACGUCGAUUUGAGGCAGCGAAGCUGCAGCAGCGCUCGGCUGUUAUCCUCCAGCGUGCCUUCAGAGGUCACGCUGUCAGGAAACAGGUUGCCAGAAUGAGAAGCGCAGCAGUCCUGAUUCAACGCUGGUUCAGGGCCAUUGUGAGAAGGGAUAAGGAGAGACAAGAGUUUGUCAGGCUGAGAAGUGCUGCCGUUACCAUCCAGGCAGCUUAUCGUGGAAAUGUGGCCCGAGCGUUUGUGAAAAAACAGCAGAAGGCUGCGCUGGCCAUCCAGGCGGCUUUCAGGAGGUACGCUGCCCAGAGCCGCUACAUUUCCAUGAGAAAGGCAGCAGUCGUGAUACAGCAAAAGUACAGAGCCUACAUAUUAGCCCGUAAAACCUUGAAGGACUUUGUGGCUCUCAGAUAUGCUGUGGUUAUUAUUCAGUCUAACUGGAGAGGCAGAGCCGACAGGAAAAAAAUAAAAUAUCGCCACAGCUGUGCAACUGUCAUAAAGGCUCACUACCGUCGGCACAAAAUGCAGUCAGAGUACAGGGCAAAGAAGGCAGCAGCUGUAAUCAUACAGCGCCAGUACAGGGCUUUUGCUGUUUCAAAGAAAACCAGGGAAGCGUUUAUGUGCGAGAGGAAAGCAUGCAUUACACUGCAGGCUGCCUUCAGGGGCAUGAGGACCAGAGUAGAGCUGAGGAGGAAGCACCAGGCUGCCACCAUCAUUCAGUCAACAUUUAGAAAGUUUUCAUGUAGGAAUCAAUACAUUCUGCUACAAAGUGCAUCUUUUGUCAUCCAGAGUCGGUACAGAGCCUUGUUGCUCUGCAGAACGCAGCAAAAAGAGUACAGGCAGCUGCAGCAGGCGGCUGUGAAGAUACAGGCCCUCUACAGAGGAUUUAGAGUAAGAGAAGAACUAAAGUAUAGGAACAAAGCUGCCAGAAUAAUCCAAGCUCAGUUCAGGAUGUACAGGAUACGCAUGAUCUACCUUGCCACCAAAUGUGCCGCCAUCAUUGUUCAGGAGCGUUUUAGGGCCCAAAUAUUAAGAAACCAACAGCUGCAUAAGUACAGAACAAUGAAAUCUGCAGCCGUCACCAUUCAGAAAGUGUUUCGUGGCCACAUUGUCAGGAGGAAUGUUACAGAAAUGCACCGAGCUGCUGCAGUCAUUCAAAGGAUGUUCCUCGUAGUCAGAGAUCGAAGGAGGUUUCUCGCUGUUAAAUCAGCAGCUUCUGUGUGUCAGCGGAGGUACAGAGCGCUGUCUGUGGCGAGGAAAGACCGCUUGGACUUUUUGUCAAAGCGUAGGGCGGCCACUUGUCUGCAGGCAGUCUACAGAGGAUAUAAGGUCAGAGGGCAACUGCGUGUUCAGAACAUGGCAGCCGUGACAGUUCAGGCUCACUACCGAGCGUACAAACAGAGAAGUCACUACAGGAGGCUACGCUGGGCUGCCACUGUGGUGCAGGCACGUUACAGAGCAAGCAAAGCAAUGAGACAGGAAGUGUACAAACUGAGUGCCAAGCGACACGCCACCGUCAUGAUACAAGCUGCCUACCGUGGAAUGAAGUGCAGACAAAUCAUGAAACAAAAGAGUCAGGCUGCCGGUGUCAUCCAAAGAGCCUAUAGAGCACAUUGUGUACGCAGACAGUACCUUGCUCUAAGAUCCUCUGUUCUCAUUAUUCAAAGGCGGUACCGGGCCACUGUAACAGCUAAUGAGCAGGUGCAAAAGUAUCAAGAUUUGCGAAAUGCAGUCGUUGCCCUCCAGGCUGCAUGCAGAGGACGACAGGUCAGAAAGGAAGUUGCUCGUUGGCAUCAGGCAGCGACUCUGAUUCAGUCAGUGUUUAGGAGGCACAGAGAGGAAGUUAAAUUCCAGGCCAUGCGACUGUCGGCCGUCAUCAUCCAGAGGUACUACAGGGCCUGUGUUCUUCAGAGAAAAGACAGAGAAAACUAUCUUGAAGUUAAGCAUGCUGCUGUAGUUCUUCAAGCUACCUUCAGAGGUCAGCGUGUUCGAAGAGACAUUGCCAAGAUGCACAAGGCAGUUACGCUCAUCCAAGCCAACUUCAGGAGACAUCGCUUUAGGAGACAACACUGGGCUGCCUGUGUGUUGCAGCAUAGGUUCAGAGCCCAAAGAAAGAGAGAUGUUGAUGUGAAAAACUACCAAGAGCUGAGAAAAGCAGUCAUUAGUUUACAGGCAGCCUACAGAGGGCGGCAGGUCAGAAAGGAAGUUGCUCGUUGGCAUCAGGCAGCAACUCUGAUUCAGUCAGUGUUUAGGAGGCACAGAGAGGAAGUUAAAUUCCAGGCCAUGCGACUGUCGGCCGUCAUCAUCCAGAGGUACUACAGGGCCUGUGUCCUUCAGAGAAACGACAGAGAAAACUUCUUGAAAGUUCGAGACGCUGCUGUAGUUCUACAGGCUGCCUACAGAGGUCUGCACGUUCGAAGAAACAUUGCCAAGAUGCACAAGUCAGCGACUGUCAUCCAAGCCAACUUUAGGAGGCGUAAGGAGCAGUCACACUACAGAAGACAAUAUUGGGCAGCCUGUGUGUUGCAGAAAAGAUUUAGAGCCAAAAAGCAGAAAGAUCUCGACUCAAAACAUUAUCAAAUGACCAGAGAUGCAGCCAUUGUGCUCCAAGCUGCAUAUCGUGGAAUGAAAACAAGAAGAGGAAUCAAACGCAGCCAUCUCGCUGCCAGCAUUAUCCAGAGAGCUUUAAUGGCUCACUGUGAGCGGAGACACUAUCUGACUUUAAAAACUGCAGUUCUUACCAUUCAGAGGAGAUAUCGGGCCAAUGUAGCUUCAAAAAAAGAGAUGCAGAAGUACAGAAACAUACAAAGUGCAGCUGUCACCCUCCAGGCUGCAUGCAGAGGAUGGCAGGUCAGAAAGGAAGUUACUCGUUGGCAUCAGGCAGCGACUCUGAUUCAGUCUGUGUUCAAGAGGCACCGAGAGGAAGUUAAGUUUCAGGCCAUGCGAUUGUCAGCCGUCAUCAUCCAGAGGUACUACAGGGCCUGUGUCCUUCAGAGAGAAGACAGAGAAAACUUCCUUAAAAUUCGUGGCGCUGCUGUAGUUCUUCAAGCUGCCUUCAGGGGUAAGCAUGUCCGAAGGAACAUAACCAAGAUGCACAAAGCAGCCACGCUCAUUCAAGCCAACUUCAGGAGACAUAAACAGCAGUCACAAUUUAGGAGACAAUGUUGGGCAGCCUAUGUGCUACAGCAGAGGUUCAGAGCCCAAAGAGAGAGAGACGUUAAUGUGAAAAACUACCAAGAGCUGAGAAAAGCAGUCAUUAGUUUACAGGCUGCUGUCCGUGGAUUCAACUCCAGACGAAAGUUCAAGCAGAGGCACCGUUGUGCCACAGUUAUCCAGAGAGCAUACAGAGAGCACUGUGAACAUAAGCACUACAUGAAAUUGAAUUCAUGUGUCAUCAAUAUUCAGCGAAGGUAUAGGGCAACGUUGGUGGCUAAAAAACAACGAACACAGUAUCUUGAAAUGCACAGUGCAGCUGUGGUCCUUCAGGCUGCAUACAGGGGGCACCAGGUCAGAAUGGAGGUCACUCGCUGGCACCGGGCUGCUGCUGUCAUUCAGUCCCAAUUCAGGAAGCACAAGGAGGAAGUCAAAUUCUGUGCCAUGAGAGUGGCAGCCAUCAUCAUCCAAAGACAUUAUCGUUCAUGUGUGGCUCAGCGAAAAGAGAGAGAAGUGUUUCUGAGAAAAAGACAAUCCACUAUCGUCCUUCAGGCGGCACUCAGAGGGUGGCGGGUCAGAAGGGAAAUAGGCCGACAGAACCGCAGCGCAGUCGUCAUACAGUCGCACUGGAGAGGUGCAGUGCAGAGGGUGAGCUUCCAGAGGAAGAGAGCGGCAGCGCUGACACUUCAGCGCAGGUUCAAGGAGAUGCAGUGGGGCAGGGCGGAGAGGAACAACUAUACCCGUAUGAGGAAAGCUGCCAUCACACUUCAGAUACAUUUCAGGGCCUGGAGGACAAGACGACAGUUCCAGGAAGCAGAAAAGGCCAAUCGGAGAUUCAGGUUUACGUCAGCAGUUUUCCAUCAUCUCUCUGCCAUGAAGAUCCAAAGAGCUUUAAGAGCUCACUGGGCUUUGGAAUCUGGGAAGAGGCAGAUCCAUUGUGUCCUAACCAUACAGCGGGGGGGGAGAGCAAGGCAGCAGAGGAGGCGAUAUCUAGAAGACAGGAGGAGGGUGGUCGUAGCCCAGUCGAUGGUGAGGACCUGGUUGGCUCAUCGCCAUAAAGCUGCAGCUGUCAUCCAGCAGGCUGUCCGGAAAUUCCUCCUUGUCAAGCGCCAGAAGAGGAUUCGGGAAGGGAUUGUUAAAGCUCAGGCUCUGUGGAGAGGGCACCGCUCCCGCCGACUGAAUGACAAUCCCAUGGUGGUAAAGCUGAGACACCGUCUGCGUGAAGUUACUGACACGGCCAGAGAGGAGGACAAAUUGUGCAACAAGACGUCGUCUUCUCUGGACUACCUGCUCAAAUGCAAACACAUGUCUUAUAUCCUAGAGGCCCUGAAAAACCUCGAGACCGCCACUAGGCUGUCACCUGAGUGCUGUGAGCGGCUGGUGAACAGCGGAGCCACAAAUACUAUCUUCACCCUGAUCCGCUGCUGUAACAGAAGCGUCCCCUGCAUGGACAUGAUCACCUUCUCCAUCCAGAUCCUCCUCAACCUGUCGAAGUACCACAAGACAAUUGAGGCGGUGUAUUGUGUGGACAAAUCUGUGGAGACACUUUUGGACCUGCUGCAGAGGUACAGAGAAAAAGCAGGUGACAAAGUUGCAGACAAGGGCGGCAGUAUCUUCACCAAAGCCUGCUUCCUUGUUGCUCUCCUGCUGCAGGACAAAGGCCGCGCUGUGGAGGUAAUGAAGCUGCCCAAAGCCUCGGACAGGAUUAGCAGCAUUUAUCGACUGACUGCUCGCAAACACAAGAUGGAUGCGGAGAGAACGGUCAUCAAACAGAAGAUGAACGCGUCUAUCAACGGGAGCUUCUUGGUUCAGGCAACACCUAGAAAAUCCAGGACUGCACCCAAGUUUGCACCAGACUGGGUUCUCAAAAAAGACAAGCUCAAAGACAUUGUGGAUCCUCUCAGGGCGAUCCAGAUGGUUGCAGACACUUUGUCUAUUGUAUUGUAAAUAUUUAUGCUAUUAAAUUGGAACUCAUCUCUUUUUCUUCCACAAGGAAGAGAUUUUUAUGCUGUUUUUUGUUUAUUCUUUUUUUUUUAACUGACAUUUCCAUGUGUUUAAUGUACCUAGUAAAUUGUUUGAUUUGUUUCCUCA